AAUGAUAGAAGCACCGGACCACCCGUAUCACUUUAAGGGAUCGAAUCGUGAGAUUUAUAGAGGAUUCGAGGACUGGUUAUUGCUCCCUAAAAAUCAGCUAGCCCACCAGCUGUCUGAUAAUUUGAUGCUGUAGAGUUCUCUAUCAACCCUUUUAGAAUGGAUUUUAUUGAGCAGAAAAGACACAAAGAGCUGGCCAAUCCAUCUUCAUUUUACCGCUUGGUCUACUCAGAGAUAGAAGAAGUUGGAUGGGAGCGUCUGGUUCGUUUCGGUGGAGAUUUAGAGUUCCUUAGUUUUCGUAUUACUGAUAAGAAGGGAAGAGUUCAUAUCAUGGAAAUUCAGUUGGAUAAAACCUAUCCGCAAAAGCCACCUUCAGUUUCUGCGGAGGUACCAUAUAUAUUCAAUGUUAAAUGGUCAGUAAAAUCAAGAUUAAAAGAUUUGGUGCAACAGUUCCGAGAGCAUUUGGAAGAGCUUCAGGAGUUUUGGUCUACCUUGGAGGAUAUUGAUCAUUCUCUUUGUGUCACUAACAAGAAAAAGUUGUCUCGCGCCACAACUUGUCGCCAAAUUGAUAUAGGAAAUGAUUGUUCGAUAAUGUUGUCUAUAAAUGCCAGAGAUCCUAGAUCUUUGCCAGAGUGUCGCUUUAUGGGCUCUGGUCCAGUGGUGAACCCUGUGAGAAAGUUAUGGCUAAGAAACAACAAACGAUGGAUGAAGGAUAAAACACUUCCUGAAAAUCUUGCAUUUAUUCUGGAGACUGAACUACCAAGACCAUCACAUGUCCUGGAGAAUGAUCAGCAAGUUGAAUGUGGAAUCUGUUAUGCCCAAUACCUUCCCAUCGAUGAGGAGCUUGGAUCUAGGAGUGGUGCUGGAACUGACCAUACAUGUGAUAAUACCAGUUGUGGCAGGGCUUUCCAUACUGUUUGUCUGGUGGACUGGCUGCGCUCUAUCACCACAACUAGGCAAUCGUUUGAUGUCCUGUUUGGUAAUUGCCCGUACUGUUCCGAGCCUGUUGCAGUCAAAUUGAACGAUAAAAAGAAGCAUGUCUAGGUCUUCAAAGCAUCAAGGCCAAGAAAGACGGAGGUUCAAUGGGAUCCGUUCUCUUUGAUUGCCCUUAUUUGUCUAUUGACUUGAUGUUCUUCGUCUCAAACAAAAGAGUCUCUAAUUGGAUUUCCUUUUCUAACUGGAUUUUAUUCCGUAGGCAUUGUUGUUGAACUGAACGAUAAAAGGAAGCAUUCUUGUUAAACAUGAUCUCAUUGCUUUGUUAGACAACGAAUUCCUCAGCUGAACACUCCAUUCCCGCAAGUCCUAGUAAAUCUGCCAAUUCUUGAAAAAUCAACUCUUAAAGUGAGAAACUAUGGUGAUUUCAGGGACCACUUUUGUUACUCAUUUAUAUAUUCCACAAUUUCAUUUAAUGUGACCUGCGAUACAGCAAUGAUAUGCAACUUUCAAUUCAUUA